AUGUCUAGGCCAUUUCCCAUAUCAACACCUGUCCGGUGGCUAUCAAAACAGCCCUACCGACCCUUCUCGACCGUUCGACCGGCCUUGCGCCUCUCCGCAUCCUCCGUCGGCGACUUUGCCUCUCGCCGGGCAACGGUUCCAGUAACAGCCGGCGAUUGCAGACCUUCGGCACCGAAGUCAUCGCUCGCUCGAACUCUGAUCCGUCAGCCUUGUGCUUCUUUCUCCGCCUCCUCCAUUCGCCCCGCCACUCAGGUCACGCAAAAUCCGAGAACCGGAGAUGAUGGAGAGACACUUAUGAUUAGUAUCUCGCCGCGAGCCGUGGAGCGUCUUCGCGAAAUUACCGACCCUACUUCCUCUCCCUCCGCCACAAAAGAUGAAAACCCUUACAAUCACCUUCGCAUCACAGUGACUAGUGGCGGCUGCCAUGGUUUCCAAUACAUGAUGUCUCUUGAAUCAGCCGAAAAAAUCGACGCCGAAGAAGAUACCGUCUUUGAGGGUGAUAUGGAUGGUGCUGAGCCGGCUGCGGGGGCCGGCGAAGAAGCUAAAGUUGUUAUGGAUGAGCCGUCGUUGGAGCUACUCUCUGGAAGCACAGUUGAUUACACCACCGAGUUAAUCGGCAGUCAAUUCAAGAUUGUGGACAACCCGCGUGCGACGAGUAAUUGUGGUUGCGGUACAAGCUUUGAUGUCAUGGAUUGA